AUGCAUGAAAAUAGCACAUUACACGACCCGGAAGAGGACACAAACUGUACGCCCGGAGGAGAGAACGGGAAUUACAUAAUGUUCGCGAGGGCUACGUCUGGGGACAAGAGGAACAACAAUAAGUUCAGCCCCUGUAGUCUUAAGAGUAUUAACGCCGUACUCAAUACCAAAGCCAAGAGCGUGAAGGGAUGCUUUCAAGAACCGCAAGACUCCAUCUGUGGCAACGAAGUGGUCGAGACGGGCGAGGAGUGUGACUGCGGUUGGGAAGAGGACUGCAAAGAGCCCUGUUGUUACCCCAUGAGAACCAACCCACCCCACGAUGAGGUUCCCUGCAGGUGCGAACCAUUAUUAUCGCCAUUAAUGUCUUACCCGUACCAUUAG